AUGGUAUAUAAGUCCGAAUCAGGUGCAGAGGGACUUGUUAAGCGACUUCGUGAGACGUUUGUGACAUUUGGCAUCCCAGAAGAGUUGACGUCCGAUGGAGGCCCACAGUUCACAGCAGGAAAGACUCAAGAGUGUUUAAAGGCCUGGGGGGUUCGUCAUAGGCUUUCAUCAGUUGCAAACCCACACGCUAACUGCAGAGCUGAGAUGGCUGUGAAAACGGUGAAACGGAUGCUUGUGGACAACAUUACUGCAAUUGGAUCGCUGAAUGUUGAUAAAUUCCAGAGAGCAUUAUUGAUGUACAGAAACUCUGUUGACCCAGAGACAAAAGCAUCCCCAGCAUUAAUCCUGUUUGGACGACGCAUUCGUGAUGCCAUUACCAUAUUGAUGGGUAGAUACUCUCCUCGCGAAACAUGGACCGAGUUGAUGUCUCAUCGAGAGAUGGCACUUGCCAAAAGGCAUUCAAGGGAACAUGAACUGUGGAAUGAUUACACUCACCGCCUGCCUCCCCUACAGGUUGGAGAUCAUGUGUACAUGCAAAACUUAGUGGGCAACCAUCCAAUGAGAUGGGAACGCACUGGAACCGUUGUUGAAGUACGGCAAUACCAACAGUAUGUAAUCCGUGUAGAUGGCACAGGCCGAGUUACUAUCCGAAACCGCCAGCACCUUCGAACGUUCACUCCUUUCCAAAGCAACCCAACACAAAGUACUGUGAUGGUACCCCCUAUGGUACAACCUCAGGAAGUAAUCUUGAAUUCGCCAACUCCUUCAAAGAUGACACUGUCACAGUUACCCAAGAUUCCUGUCCAGCCAUCGCCACAGGUACCCCAGAUUCCUGUACCAUCAUCGCCACGAAGAAACCAAAGUCUACCAGCUGCAUGGAUUGAAUCACCUACCACACCCCUUACUCCAAAAGGGACAACUAAGACAAUUCAACAGCCUCCACAACUAGAUUUGGACCAUUCAUUCCACCACAGCCCUGAACGAGACGGACAUGCUUUGACCCGGAUACCACGAGCUCUUUCCCGUCUUCAGCCCUACAAUAAAGCUGGGGAAAAGGAGCUAUUGACACUGUGCAGACCCAGCCGCCGCAACAAAACUGAAUGUCCAUAA